GCACAAAUUGAAGUGAUACCAUGCAAAAUUUGUGGAGAUAAAUCUUCAGGAAUUCACUACGGUGUCAUCACUUGUGAAGGCUGCAAGGGAUUCUUCAGAAGAAGUCAACAAAACAAUGCCUCUUAUUCGUGCCCAAGGCAGAGGAACUGUUUAAUUGACAGAACAAAUAGAAACCGCUGCCAGCACUGUAGACUGCAGAAGUGUCUUGCCCUGGGAAUGUCUAGAGAUGCUGUCAAAUUUGGACGAAUGUCAAAAAAACAGCGAGACAGUCUAUAUGCUGAAGUUCAGAAGCACCAACAGCGGUUACAAGAACAAAGGCAACAGCAGAGUGGAGAGGCCGAGGCUUUAGCCAGAGUAUAUAGCAGUAACAUCAGCAAUGGUCUAAGCAAUCUCAACACUGAAACAGGCGGCACUUACUCAAAUGGACAUGUCAUUGACCUGCCAAAGUCUGAGGGUUAUUACAGUGUGGAUUCUGCACAGCCCUCACCAGACCAGUCAGGCAUAGACAUAAGUGGAAUGAAACAAAUAAAGCAAGAACCUAUUUAUGACCUUACAUCCGUACCAAACUUAUUUAUGUAUAGUUCUUUCAACAAUGGACAGCUCUCACCUGGAAUAAGCAUAAGUGAAAUUGAUCGAGUUGCACAAAAUAUCAUAAAAUCUCAUCUGGAAACAUGUCAAUAUACAGUGGAUGAAUUACAUCAAUUAGCAUGGCAGACCCACAGUUAUGAAGAGAUCAAAGUAUACCAGAGCAAGUCCAGAGAAGCUUUGUGGCAGCAGUGUGCCAUUCAGAUCACUCAUGCAAUACAGUAUGUGGUGGAGUUUGCAAAGCGAAUAACAGGCUUUAUGGAGCUGUGCCAGAAUGAUCAAAUAUUGUUACUUAAGUCAGGCUGCCUAGAAGUUGUUCUAGUAAGAAUGUGUCGUGCCUUCAAUCCAUUAAACAACACUGUUCUAUUUGAAGGAAAAUAUGGAGGGAUGCAGAUGUUCAAAACAUUAGGUUCUGAUGAUUUCGUGAAUGAAGCA